UUACCAUACAGACCGAAGGCUCUGCGACAUACACCAGUAUGAACACAUUGCUGGCAUUUUGUGCGCUCCUAGGGGCGGCACUCGGUGAUUACACCGACCCGCACUGCGGGGGGAAGCAGGUAAUCGUGCACCUGUUCGAAUGGAAAUGGGCGGAUGUCGCCCUCGAGUGUGAGCGUUUCCUCUCCCAAAAGGGUUUCUGUGGCGUGCAGGUUUCGCCGGCCAACGAACACGUGAUGGUAUCGUCACCGCCGCGCCCCUGGUGGGAGCGCUACCAGCCCGUGAGCUACAAGCUGCACAGCCGCAGCGGCACGGAGGCGGAGUUUGCCAACAUGGUUAGCAGAUGCAAGGCUGUCGGAGUUAGAAUCUACGUCGACAUUGUGAUAAACCACAUGGCCGGAAAGGGUCGCCAGGGGACCGGAACUGGAGGUAGCAGUUUCAACGCGGAUAACUUCGACUUCCCCGGUGUCCCCUACGUCAGGGAGCACUUCAAUCCCUAUUGUCGCCUCACCAACUAUGGAGACCCAACCGAGGUCAGGAACUGCUAUUUGGUUGACCUCACAGAUCUUAACCAGGGAAACGAAUACGUCCGGAACAGCAUCGCCGGUUUCCUCAAUACAAUGAUCGACUUAGGUGUGGCCGGAUUUAGAGUGGACGCUGCCAAGCACAUGUGGCCACGUGACAUCCAGGGGAUUCAGGGGAAACUCAAAGACCUCCCCGAGGGCGGCAGGCCGUUUUUCUACCAGGAAGUUAUCGACCAAGGAGGGGAACCGAUAAAAACGAGCGAGUACACCGGAAGUGGAUACGUGACAGAGUUCCGAUUUGGUAUCAAGAUGCGUGAAGGUAUUCAAGACUUUGGACGUCUGGGUCAAGUGGUUGACUAUGGGUGGGGUAUGACAGAUUCCGCUCACGCAUUUGUGUUCAUCGAUAACCACGACAACCAGCGAGGACAUGGGGGCGGCGGGGACCAGCUUACUUAUAAGAAACCCCACGAAUAUAAACUAGCAGUGGCCUUUAUGUUGGCCUUUGAUUAUGGUUUCACACGUGUUAUGAGCAGUUACAGCUUCUCCAGCAGCGAUCAGGGGCCGCCUCACAACGGGGAUAACUCAAUUAAAGACGUCACAGUCAACGCCGACGGUAAGGGGUGCGGUAACGGCUGGGUGUGUGAGCACAGGUGGUCAUCCAUUGCCAACAUGGUGGCGUUCCGUAACGCCGUGGCCGGAACCACCAAGGGUCACUGGUUCGACCAGAAUGACGAGGUCGCCUUCUCCAGAGGUAACAAAGGCUUCUUCGCCAUGGCCAAGAGCGGCCAUAUGGACCGGACACUAGACACGGGGCUGCCGGCUGGCCAAUACUGCGACCUGAUCACAAACUGUGCGAAGAAAAUCACGGUUGACAGCAGCGGCAAGGCUCACAUUUCUAUAAACAGUGUUGAUGAACCAGUUGUGGCUUUCAUAGUAGGUGGGGCGAGAUCCGAGACACCAGCAGGGACGUCCGGCGGAGGUAGCAGCAACUCCCAGACAACCACAGCGGCAUCCGGCUCGGCCCCCACGGCCCCAGGUGGCUGGUCGCGGACCGUCAUCAUGGUGGAGAAACAGACCAACCCGGGUCAGGACCUGUUCAUUCGCGGCGGGCUUGACCAUAGCAGGAAUACUGGCUGCAGCCAGAACGCCAAAACAAGCGCCUGUGCCAUACCAAUUCGGGAGCGGUCUCUAGGUACGUCCGCUCACUACACCAAAUAUAACGCUUGGUCAAAUGGAGACAACUUCCUGGACUGGUACGGAGCGGAAGCCGGCCAAGGGACCUACCACGGCCAGGUGGCCGAGGGAACACCGGCUGUCUGGACAACAAACGUGGCAGGGCAGGCCGGGCACAGCGACCUUAACACAUACGGUCAGCAUUAUUGGUUGGUGGACGUUGAUAUGGACUGUAGCCGGACGGACGGCGGCUGGUUCGAGAUCAAGGCGGUCGUCAACGGUCAGUGGGAGGGUAACAUCCCAACCCCUUCCACGUGCUCCGGGAGUGGCGCCGGGUCCCCGCCCGCGACCACCAGCAAUCACUGGGCGCGCUGUGGCAUGCUUAAUGUGUACCAUUUUGGCAGUGGCACUUGUGAAAUCAAAACGUUAUAAAGGCCCGAAAUCAA